AUGGCAGAAGCGUCUAGUUUGGUGGGGAAGCUUGAGACAGAAGUGGAGAUCAAAGCUUCAGCUGGAAAGUUCCAUCACAUGUUCGUAGCGAGACCACACCAUGUCUCCAAAGCAUCCCCAGGCAACAUUCAGGGAUGUGAGCUGCACGAAGGCGACUGGGGCAAAGUCGGUUCCGUGGUCUUUUGGAAAUACGUUCAUGAUGGGGUGGCGAAGGUGGCGAAGGAGAGGAUCGAGGCGGUGGAGCCGGAGAAGAAUUUGAUCACGUUCAAGGUUCUAGAAGGUGAUCUGAUGAAAGAGUACAAGAGCUUUGUGAUCACAAUCCAGGUGACCCCUAAGCAUGGAGGCUCUGGUAGUGUUGUGCAUUGGCACCUUGAGUACGAGAAAAUUAACGAGGAAGUUGCACACCCUGAAACUCUCCUCCAGUUCUGUGUUGAUAUGUCCAAAGAUAUCGAUGAACAUCUCUUGACCGAAGAAUAG